AUGGGUAUUCGUAUAUGUCCAAAAGUCACAUAUCAGAAUAUUGCAGAAAUGCAAAAAGCAAUUGAAGAAGCCGAAUUGAGAAUUAAAAAUUCUAAACCAAAAAAAGUUCCUUUGCCGCCGUCUAGUGCAUCAUUGGGUGGUACUACUAGUCUCACUCAGGAGGCUUAUGUACCAAAGAAAAGAAAGGCAAGUGGGGGUGCCAUUGGGAAGGCAUUUAAUAAUGAGGCUCGGGAACAAUUGCACUCAGAGAUUGCUAGGAUGUUUUAUUCCGCAGGAUUGCCGUUUCAUCUAGCAAGAAACCCGUAUUAUGUGAGUUCAUACAACUAUGCUGCAAAUAAUACUCUGUCAGGUUAUUUGCCUCCGGGUUAUAAUCUAUUGAGAACCACUCUACUUCAAAAAGAAAAGGCAAAUAUUGAUAGAUUAUUGCAACCAAUUAGGAGUACAUGGAAGGCAAAGGGUGUUAGCAUUGCAAGUGAUGGUUGGAGUGAUCCACAAAGGCGGCCUUUAAUUAAUUUUAUGGCUAUGACAGAAGGAGGUCCCAUGUUUUUGAAAGCUGUUGAUUGUUCCGAUGGAAUUAAAGACAAGUUUUUCAUUUCCAAUUUGUUGAAGGAAGUCAUAAAUGAGGUUGGCCCCCAAAAUGUGAUCCAAGUAAUUACAGACAAUGCCCCAAAUUGCAAGGCUGCUGGACAACUAAUUGAAGGGCAAUUCCCUCACAUUGUUUGGACACCUUGUGUGGUCCAUACUCUUAAUCUUGCCCUCAAAAAUAUUUGUGCUGCAAAAAAUGUGGAAAAGAAUGAAAUUGCAUAUGCAGAGUGUGGUUGGAUUCUUGAUUAUGCUGAUGAGGUUACAAUAAUAAAGAAUUUCAUCAUGAACCAUUCAAUGAGAUUAGCUAUUUUCAAUGAGUUUGUCAGCUUGAAGUUGCUUUCAGUUGCAGAGACACGCUUUGCUUCUGUUAUUGUGAUGAUGAAAAGAUUUAAACUUAUAAAAGGUGGUAUCCAAGCAAUGGUCAUAAGUGACAAGUGGACUUGCUAUAAGGAGGAUGAUAUAGGAAAGGCCGAUUAUGUGAGAGAGAAGCUGUUGGAUGAACAAUGUUUAUGA